GCCCGGGAGAGACAUGCUGUUUUGUUUAAAUCCUCCACAUUCUUUGCCAUAUCCCCAUUGGCCGGAUGGGGCUCCCCGCCGCGGCCGCUGCUGAUGUCAGCCUUGCUGGCGCUGGCUCCUCCCGCACCCACCUCCCGGGCCCGAGGCACACUGCAGCUCCGCGCGGACUCUCCGGCUCUGGCGAGGUGGCUGCAAACUCGCGGGCACGCACGGCGCUCGGGGAGCCGGGGGACUCGGGGGAGGGGACGCGUGCGGAAGGCGCCAGCUUGCUCUCGCCCGCCUCUCGCAGCGCGAGCCGAGGUUGGAGGAACCCGGGGCCUCAACCCGGCUGAGCCCAGCGGCGGCGGCUUCCCUUUUCUACCCCAGCGAGCUCCAGAGCGCCUCGGGGACCGGCCCUCAAAAGAGCAGGAAAUCUUGUUUACCGCCUGGGGAGAGGAGCCCAUCGAGCCUUUGUCUGGAAAGUCAGCAUCUCCAGAUGAAUUCCUGCAAUGAGUUUCUGGUGAAUUAGCAUUGGGCGGCACGGCCGGAGAAGGGGGUCGCUAGGUUCACGACUGGUUUCCAGAGGCGUAUCCAGCGGGUGACUUUUGUGCAUUCGUUUUAAUUUUUGGAAAUCUCCCCCCCCCCUCCCUCGCCGCCACCGGGCAUGUCCUGAUCUGACGGCCGCUCCUAUCGCCUUGAGCUGCGGAUCCGAGUGGUUUCCAGCGGGGCUCCCUCCCUCCCUGACUUCGCAACACCGCGUUCCGGGAGAACCGACCUCGGUGAGGAAGGGGGCGGGGGAGCCGCGAACACCCGGACCCAAACCUUGACAUGCUCUCGGGUGGCGAGGAGGAAGCCAGGAGCUGAGUGCACCGCCGGGGCUGUUUCUCCCGCCGGCUCCGAGCGCGGGGCUCCGGGCUCCUGCCCUGCGCCUGGGAGGCAGCCUUGUUGUUCUGGGGGCCACCCCCCGCUUCCUGCUCUGGUGGUCCACGGCCGGCAGGACCAUGCUGCUCAAGGAGUACCGGAUCUGCAUGCCGCUCACCGUGGACGAGUACAAAAUCGGACAGCUGUACAUGAUCAGCAAGCACAGCCAUGAGCAGAGUGACCGAGGGGAAGGCGUAGAAGUCGUCCAGAAUGAGCCCUUCGAGGACCCUAACCACGGCAACGGGCAGUUCACCGAGAAGCGUGUGUAUCUCAACAGCAAACUGCCUAGUUGGGCCAGAGCUGUUGUUCCCAAAAUAUUUUAUGUUACAGAGAAGGCUUGGAACUAUUAUCCCUACACAAUUACAGAAUACACAUGUUCCUUCUUGCCGAAAUUCUCCAUUCAUAUAGAAACCAAGUAUGAGGACAACAAAGGAAGCAACGACAGUAUUUUUGACAGCGAAGCCAAAGACCUCGAGAGAGAAGUUUGCUUUAUUGAUAUUGCCUGCGAUGAAAUUCCAGAACGUUACUACAAAGAGUCUGAGGAUCCUAAACACUUCAAGUCAGAGAAGACAGGACGGGGACAGUUACGGGAAGGCUGGAGAGAUAGUCAUCAGCCCAUCAUGUGUUCCUACAAGCUGGUGACUGUGAAGUUUGAGGUCUGGGGGCUCCAGACCAGAGUGGAACAGUUUGUACACAAGGUGGUCCGAGAUAUCCUGCUGAUUGGACAUCGACAGGCUUUUGCAUGGGUUGAUGAGUGGUAUGAUAUGACAAUGGACGAUGUUCGAGAAUACGAGAAAAACAUGCAUGAACAAACCAACAUAAAAGUUUGCAAUCAGCAUUCCUCCACUGUGGAUGACAUAGAGAGCCAGGCCCAAACAAGUACAUGACAAUGGAUGAAGUCCGAGAAUUUGAACGAGCCACUCAGGAAGCCACCAACCAGAAAAUUGGCGUUUUCCCACCUGUGAUUUCUAUCUCGAGCAUUCCCCUGCUGCCUUCCUCAGUCCGCAGUGCCCCUUCCAGCG